AUGUCUUUCUCCAGGGCGCCGCUCGUGGAUAAUGCCCAGGUCAAGUUCGCCUCGCUCCACAACCCGCUGCCUCUGGCAUUACACACCUAUGUCUGGCCUUUCCUGAUUAUCUGGCCUGUCUUCUUCGCCUUCUACCUGUCCGAAGAGCGCUACGAGAAACACUUCAACGGUCAAGAAUGGACCUUCGUCUGGUCUGGCAGCAUUGUUACCAUCCAAUCCCUCUUCUGGCUCUCUACCUUCUGGAACAUCAACAUCCGCUCCCUCUUCACCACUACUCGCGCUUCUGAUGUGCGUAGCGCUGGUCUGAUCAAGGUUCUCCCUGCUGAAAAUGCUGGCAUUGCCGACAUCUGUCCCAUUGAGCGCGAAACUGUCGACGGCAAGACCAACAUCUCCUUUCUUUUCCAGAAGCGUCGUUUCCUGUACUCGCAAGACACUGGCUCUUUUGCCCCUCUGUCCUACCCCCUGGAUCAAGAAGUGAAGCCCACCAUUGGUGAGUUCCAGAAGUCAAAGGGUCUUACUACCGCAAAAGAAAUCGCCCGUCUCCAGCAAUACUAUGGCACCAAUACCUUCGAUAUUCCCGUUCCUUCUUUCACAGAACUGUUCAAGGAGCACGCUGUCGCCCCCUUCUUCGUCUUCCAGAUUUUCUGUGUCGGCCUCUGGAUGCUUGAUGAAUACUGGUAUUACUCUCUUUUCACCCUUUUCAUGCUCGUCGUCUUUGAGAGCACUGUCGUCUGGCAGAGACAGCGUACCCUGACCGAGUUUCGCGGCAUGAGUAUUAAGCCUUACGACAUCUGGGUAUACAGAGAGAAGAAGUGGGUUGAAAUUCAGAGUGAUGCGCUCUUGCCCGGGGAUCUUGUCUCGGUUGGCCGUACCAAGGAGGAUAGUGGUGUUGCAUGCGAUAUGCUUCUGGUCGAGGGCUCCGCUAUUGUUAACGAGGCUAUGUUGUCUGGAGAAAGUACUCCUGUUCUGAAGGAUUCUGUUCAGCUCCGCCCCUCUGAGGCUCGUAUUGAACCUGAAGGUAUCGACAAGCUUGCCUUCUUGUAUGGCGGCACCAAGGUUCUCCAGGUUACUCACGGCAACACUGGCUCGGACGACUCGGACAAGAUUCACCCUGUCGUCUCGGGCGUUCCUGCAGCUCCUGACAAUGGGGCUAUGGCUAUUGUCGUCAGAACUGGCUUCGAGACCAGUCAGGGCAGUCUCGUUCGCACCAUGAUUUACUCUACUGAGCGCGUAUCAGCCAACAACGUUGAAGCCUUGCUCUUCAUUCUGUUCCUCACUGUCUUUGCUAUUGCAGCUUCCUGGUAUGUCUGGACCGAGGGCGUCGCCAAGGACAGGAAGCGCUCGAAGCUCCUCCUGGACUGUGUCCUUAUUGUCACUAGCGUCGUGCCCCCUGAGCUGCCUAUGGAAUUGAGUUUGGCCGUCAACACCUCUCUUGCUGCCCUCAGCAAGUACGCCAUCUUCUGCACAGAACCCUUCCGUAUUCCUUUCGCUGGCCGUGUCGAUAUUGCUUGCUUUGACAAGACUGGAACUUUGACCGGAGAAGAUCUUGUCGUUGAUGGUGUUGCUGGUUUGACUCUAGGCCAGGAAGGCGCCCCUGCCGAGACCGAUGGUGCACAAACUCAACUCGUACCUCUGAACGACACAGGUGUCUGCACUACUUUGGUGCUCGCUACAGCUCAUGCUCUUGUCAAACUUGAGGAUGGAGACGUUGUUGGUGAGCCCAUGGAGAAAGCUACUCUCGCAUCUCUUGGCUGGACUGUCGGACGCAACGAUACUCUAACUAGCAAGACUGCUGUCGCCGCGAAGGGCACUGGUCAGUCUGUUGCUGAUCUGGUUCAAAUCAAGCGCAGAUUCCAAUUCUCUUCUGCCCUCAAGCGUCAAAGCUCUGUCGCUACUGUCGUUACAACUCAACGCGACUCCGGAAAGAAAACCAGAAGCACCUUUGUCGGUGUCAAGGGAGCUCCUGAGACCAUCAGAAACAUGCUCGUUGAUGUUCCUCCUAAGUACGAGGAGACUUUCAAGUACUUCUCGAGAAAUGGUGCUCGUGUUCUCGCCCUUGCCUACAAGUUCAUCUCUACUAGCGACGAGAUUGGUCAGAACAAAAUCAAUGACAUGAAGCGCGAAGAGGCUGAGUGUGACCUCCAAUUUGCCGGUUUCCUUGUGUUGCAAUGUCCUCUCAAGGAUGAUGCUAUCAAGGCAGUUCGUAUGUUGAACGAGAGCAGUCACCGUUGUAUCAUGAUCACUGGCGACAACCCUCUCACCGCCAUCCAUGUUGCUAGAAAGGUUGAGAUUGUCGACCGCGAGACUCUGAUUCUUGACGCACCUGAACAUGACGACUCUGGUAAAAACCUUGUCUGGAGAAGCAUCGACGACAAGGUCAGCAUUCCUGUCAACCCGACUGAGCCUAUCGACCCCGAGAUCAUCAAGACAAAGGAUCUAUGUGUUACUGGUUACGCUCUCUCUAAAUUCACUGGUCAGAAGGCUCUCAAGGAAAUUAUCCGCCACACUUGGGUCUACGCUCGUGUCUCGCCCAAGCAAAAGGAAGAAAUUCUGCUUGGUCUCAGAGACGCUGGUUACGUCACUCUAAUGGCUGGUGAUGGUACAAACGACGUUGGUGCACUCAAGCAAGCCCACAUUGGUGUUGCUCUACUUAACGGAACUGAAGAAGAUCUUAAGAAGAUCGCCCAGAACUUCAGAGAAACCAAGAUGAAGGAUGUCUACGAGAAGCAAUGUGCUAUGAUGAAGCGUUUCAACCAACCUUCUCCUCCCGUUCCUGUUCACAUCGCUCAUCUCUACCCUCCUGGUCCCGGCAACCCUCACUACGACAAGGCUAUGGAACGCGAAGCUGCCAACAAGGGUACCACCAGCGAAGUUCUCAAGGCUGUUACUGAAGCCAAGCACAAGGCCGAGGUUGCUAACGCUACUGCAAAGGAUGGUGAAGCUGGAACCAAGGCACCUCUGACUGUCCAGGAAGAGCGCAGACAAAAGGCUCAGAAUGCUGCAAGUGCCAUGGCCGAGAAGAUGUCAAUUUCGAUGAUGGAAGACGCUCUUACCGACGACGAGCCGCCAACUAUCAAGCUUGGCGAUGCCUCAGUCGCUGCUCCCUUCACCAGUAAGCUGGCCAACGUCGUCGCCAUCCCUAACAUCAUCCGCCAGGGUCGUUGCACUCUUGUUGCUACCAUUCAGAUGUACAAGAUCUUGGCUUUGAACUGUUUGAUCUCUGCCUACAGUUUGAGUGUGUUGUAUCUCGACGGAAUCAAGUUCGGUGAUGGUCAGGUCACCAUCAGUGGUAUGCUGAUGAGUGUCUGCUUCCUCUCCAUCUCGCGCGCCAAGACCGUCGAAACACUUUCCAAGGAGAGACCUCAACCCAACAUCUUCAACCCAUACAUCAUUGGUUCUGUCCUUGGACAAUUCGCUGUCCACAUUGUCACCUUGAUCUACAUUUCCAGAUAUGUGCAACGCACCGAGCCCAAGAAGACCGACAUCGAUCUUGAGGGUGAAUUCGAGCCCUCUCUUCUCAACUCUGCCAUCUACCUCCUGCAGCUCAUCCAGCAAAUUUCGACCUUUGCCAUCAACUACCAAGGUCGUCCUUUCCGUGAGUCUAUCAAGGAGAACAAGGGCAUGUACUACGGUAUCGUAAUGGUUACUGCUGUUGCAUUUUCCUGCGCAACAGAGUUUGUGCCCGAGAUCAACGAGCAGUUGAAGCUUGUCCCCUUCACUACCGAGUUCAAAAUCACCAUGACUACCGUCAUGAUCCUCGACUACUGUGGCUGCUGGGUCAUCGAAAAGGUGCUCAAGCAAUUGUUCAGUGACUUCCGUCCCAAGGACAUCGCUAUCAGACGUCCUGACCAGCUUGCCAUUGAGACUCAACGCAAGAAGGAGGAAGAGGACAAGAUUGAACAGGAGAGAAUUGCAGCGCUCGAGAAGGAGCUUGGCAAGGCAUAA